AGGCCCCCAAAAUAUGCAUAUAUGAAAAAGCCAAAAAGUAACCGUCAGUGACAGGGAGUCUUAACUAGAGAUAGAAACGGAACCAAACUGGCGGGCUCAGUGAAAGCGCGGCCGGCAGCGUCCCGGACGAGGAGUAUGUACUUUUGGAGAAAGGGGUGCCUUAAUAGCUUUUUCAGAUGUCUUUGGUGGACUUGGGGAAGAGGUUGCUAGAAGCAGCAAGAAAAGGCCAAGAUGAUGAAGUGAGAACAUUGAUGGCAAAUGGCGCCCCCUUCACCACAGACUGGCUUGGAACAUCACCCCUCCACCUUGCAGCCCAGUAUGGUCAUUAUUCCACAGCAGAAGUGCUCCUUCGAGCAGGCGUUAGCAGGGAUGCCCGGACCAAAGUGGACAGGACCCCUUUGCACAUGGCUGCAGCUGAUGGACAUGCGCACAUCGUGGAACUGCUUGUUAGGAAUGGUGCAGAUGUGAAUGCCAAGGAUAUGCUGAAGAUGACAGCUUUACAUUGGGCUACAGAACACCACCAUCGAGAUGUUGUAGAGCUACUUAUCAAAUACGGAGCUGAUGUCCAUGCUUUCAGCAAGUUUGAUAAAUCUGCCUUUGACAUAGCCCUGGAGAAAAAGAAUGCUGAAAUUCUGGUCAUCCUUCAGGAAGCAAUGCAGAAUCAGGUGAAUGCUAAUCCUGAGAGAGCCAGCCCUGUGACUGUGGCUGCCCCAUUCAUCUUCACAUCUGGAGAAGUAGUCAACCUCGCUAGCCUUGUUUCUUCAGCCAACACCAAAACCACCUCAGGUGACCCCCAUGCCUCCUCAGCACCACACUUGUCAAAUUCCACCACCUCAGUGCUGGCCACCCUUGCAGCUCUUGCUGAGGCAUCAGCCCCCUUGUCCAACUCCCACAGAGCCGCAGCUAAUUCAGAGGAAAUUAUAGAGGGAAAUUCUGUUGACUCAUCAAUCCAGCAAGUGGUGGGGAGCGGAGGCCAGAGGGUCAUCACCAUAGUGACUGAUGGAGUCCCUCUGGGUAAUAUCCAAACUGCAAUCCCUACUGGAAGCAUUGGCCAGCCAUUUAUCGUAACUAUGCAAGAUGGACAGCAAGUUCUAACUGUACCUGCUGGUCAGGUUGCAGAGGAAACUGUAAUUGAAGAAGAGGAAGAAGCAGAGAAGUUGCCUCUGACUAAAAAACCACGAAUAGAAGAGAUGACAAACAGUGUGGAGGAGAGCAAGGAGGGCACUGAAAGAGAGCUGCUCCAGCAGCAGCUCCAGGAGGCCAAUCGAAGAGCUCAGGAAUACCGACACCAGCUCCUAAAGAAAGAACAGGAGGCAGAAGAGUACCGCCUCAAGCUAGAGGCCAUGGCCCGACAACAGCCCAAUGGAGUUGACUUCACCAUGGUUGAAGAGGUGGCGGAGAUAGAUGCUGUAGUAGUUACAGAGGGGGAGAUGGAAGAGAGAGACACGGAAGUGACUGGGGCAGGAGGGACCGUGGAGCCUCAUCCUGGAGUUUCCUUGGAAACUGUUUCAUCUUAAUGUGCAAGGGCCACAACUUGUACUCUGUCCAUCUUUUUCCUCUUUUUAAAAGAAAAUACAGAGGACAGACAUUGUAUAAAAAUUAAGACUGUCCUUAAGAAGAAAACUAUAGCAGGGUACAGUGCUUGGGCUCAGGAAGGCUUGCUCUGCAGCUGGAAAAUGCAAAGCCAAAUUUAGGGAAGACUUUUGCGGGACCAAAGGAACAAGGGCCAGAUUUCUCAGCUCACAGCAUUGCUUUAAGCUUAGAGGUAAAAGAAUGCUGGAUAUUGUGGGUUGUUUCUUAAACAACUGGCUUUGUAUCAGAAGAUUUUAAGAUAACAUUCCUAGUAGAGACACACAGAGCCUUUAAUGAGUGUACCAUCAAGUGACCUUAAAAUUUGCCUUAGAUUUAUGACGUGUACCUGGUAGAGAAGAAAACUAACCGGGAGGUGGACUAGAAGCAAGCUUUUGGGAAGAGAAAGAAAUAUAUUCCACUUCCAAAGGAGCAGGCAUUCCCUUCUAUCCUGAAUUAAUUUCACUGAAAAGAAAUUGGUAGUUGCCUAACUCUGCAUCCAUUAUGUGUCCAUAAUUCAGAUGCCAGUUUAAGAAACUGAAGUGGAAUAUUUAAAAACUGGAAAGGAAAGAAAACUUGUUUAUGUGGGAGAAGUGUAUGUAAAUCCAAAAUCCUCCAGGCUGUGCUUUCACAAUGCUGGAAAGUGGCCAGAAAGAGGCUUGUGAGGUUAUGAAACAAUCUGGUCUUGAGAUACAAACUUUGCUCUGGCUGGAUUUUAUAAAAUUGAAAUCAGGAGGAUAGUCUGUUGCUACAACUUGCUUCCAAACAUUUAUUUCUAUAAUAUCAAGCUUUAAUAACAACUUUUUAAUUUUAUAAAAUUUUGUUGAGUUUUCGAAGUGUGCCUUUCUGUGGAGCUUACAUGGUAUCCUCUUCAUUGCAAAAAAAGUCAGGGGAGGGGUGAGUGCUGCGGGUGUUGGUGGAGUUUUGUUUCCGUUUGACUUGGGAUGAGCAAAUGGUUGUUUCCUUAAGGUUGGGUUUUGUGCAGAGCUUUUGUGCCUUUUAGGUGCUCAGUGUGUGUUGGCAAAGGGAGUGAAAAACUAGAAGUGCCAUAAAGUAAGGAACCAAAAAUUCUGGCUCAGUGACUUCAUCUGCCCGACUUCCUUCUCUAGCACGAUGCCUGCUCCCUUUGCCUAGACACUUCUGGAAAGUGUUUUGUUGCUGGGUUUUCUUUGUGCACCAGUUUGGAGUUUUUUCAAAAUAAAGGGGAUAUGGAUGGAGAGAGAGAGGUUGUGGAGAGGUUACAUUACAGAAGUUACUGUCUUUGAAAUUGGGCCCCCAUCUUUCUAGACCUGCUUGCUUGCUUUAUUGUAAAUUAGAAGAAGAAACCAGAGGAUGUGCCAAGUAAACAUUUGAAUGACUGUUUAGAAUACGGUUUUCUUAAUUAGCGAUCAUGGGGAAAACAUACAUUUUUAAUUUGGAAUAAAACUUGACAAUUAACAUGGUUCUAUUUACCUUGAUUAGUGAAGUAAUUUGCUGUUUUCCAGAGGUGCAGAAUCACGUGGGACUCAAAAUAGACCUAAAACAACUCGCCAAACCAAAUUUGACAAACAGAAUUGGUUAUUAGAGGCUUAUAAGCAAAAAUACCAGUUUGAAAUUAAUCUUGGCUACUGGCCACCUUAACUAGGUUUUCUCCAUAAACUUGAGAGAUUACUCUUGGUUUUGGGGGAUGACGAGAAGCCUAGGUAAGGGCUAGUGUGAAAUUGUGCCAUCUGCUGUCAAAUUGUCCUUUUUCAGUUUGCAAUGUUUUUCUUUUCUCUGAGUCCCUUUGUGAACCAGGUGCUAACAAUAAGCUGCUAUUGUGUGCCAUUUCAGAGCCUUAGUUUAACUAUAGAGAUAGAGGGACCAAGUGUCAUUUUAGAUAUGUUUGGUUUAUGUUCUUUGUGUAUCUAUUGACUUUAAUUCCUUCCCCCCCACCCCUUGCCUGUUAAGGGGGUGGAGGUUAACUCUGCAGAGGAUAUCCAGGCCCAGCCCCCUCUCCCUCUGGGGUAGCUUCUGACUAGGGGCAGGAGUUGCCAUCCAGCACUCCCUGCUGAGCAUACGGCACUCCCUACUGUUUUGGGGAACUGUUCAGAAAUUCUUAUUCUCUUUCUGUAGGAGGCUGUCAUUCUCACCUAGAAAAAUCUCUAAUACAGUCCAAUCAUUUUUGAUGAUGGGGUCUCUGAGAUAGGGAGUUGGGUCAGGGAAAGAGAAAAGAGAAAUGUCUGGAAAGGGAAGAGUAGCAAAAAGGUAUUUGUUGUUAUUUACUUGAAAUACCUUUUAGCAUCCCAGAGAAGAGAAAUAGGAUUUGAUCCCCAGUUGUUUUUUUAUUUUUUUUUAAUUUUUUAAUUUUUUUAUUUUUUGACAGAGAGAGACAGCGAGAGAGGGAACACAAGCAGGGGGAGUGGGAG